GUUGUCAGUAGCAGUGAUCGAAUCACACGGAGACUGAAGACGCCACAAAGCCCACUGUGUCCCCGCAGAGCAACGGUACAUUGACGGUCUGUGUCUCCUGCUGCGUGGAGGUGGCAGCUUCGUGUGUCUCUGUGUAUCUGAGACUGUCCAGUGUGUGUGCGUGUGUGUGGGUGCGUGUAGCGCCAUCCUGCAGUGUCUGUGAUGUCGUCAGAGCUGCUGGUGGAUCUGGGUGAGGACCCUGCGACCGCUCAGUUAGGACAGCUGAAGCUCGCCACGAUAGAGGACCAGCAGUGGCCCGCUGAUGAGGCCACGCUCAGCAAGUCAGAGACAGACAUCUCCCAGCGCUUCGACGGGGGCUCCCCUCACCUGCCCUGGGACCACCCCUUCUAUGACAUCGCCAGGCAUCAGAUCAUUGAAGUGGCAGGUGAUGAUAACUUUGGCAGGAAGGUGAUAGUGUUUAAUGCCUGCAGGAUGCCCCCCCAGCACCAGCUAGACCAUCACAAGCUGCUGAUGUAUCUGAAGGGAACUCUGGACCAGUACGUGGAGAGUGACUACACCCUGAUCUAUUUCCAUCAUGGACUGACCAGUGAGAACAAACCGUCUCUCAGCUGGCUGAGAGAUGCCUAUAGAGAGUUUGACAGGAAGUAUAAGAAGAACAUCAAGGCUCUGUACAUCGUCCACCCCACCAUGUUCAUCAAGACUCUGCUGAUCCUCUUCAAACCAAUCAUAAGUUUUAAGUUUGGCAGGAAGAUCAACUACGUGAGCUACCUGAGUGAACUGGAGGAUGUGGUGAAGUGUGAACAGCUGCUCAUCCCAGCCCGAGUCAAAGAGUACGACAACAAGCUGAGAGCAUCUCUGAAACCAACUGCCCAGCCCCCCAUGUCUCCUCCUCGCAGUCCCCCUCUCCCCAACCAGGUGUUUGGAGUUCCACUCACACUGCUCAGACAGAGGAAUCCAGAUGGUGAUCAAGUUCCUGUGGUCAUAAGAGAUACAGUCAGCUUCCUAUCAGAGCAAGGUUUGGAGAUUGAGGGGAUCUUCAGACGGUCAGCCAACGUGACUCUGGUGAAGGAGGUUCAGCUCAAAUACAACUCAGGAGCAGCAGUGAACUUCAGAGAGAUGGAAGAUGUCCACUUGGCUGCUGUGAUUCUGAAAACCUUCCUGAGGGAGCUACCUGAGCCUCUGCUCACCUACCAGCUCUACAACGACAUCGUCAACUUCACCUCUGUGUCCAGUGACAGUCAGGUGACAGCGAUGAAGACGCUGGUGGAGUCACUGCCAGAAGAAAACUACGCAUCACUGAGAUACCUCAUCACCUUCCUGGCUCAGGUGUCAGCCAACAGUGAUGUAAAUAAGAUGACCAACAGUAACCUGGCUGUGGUGUUCGGUCCUAACCUGCUCUGGGGGCGGGACAACGCCAUGUCGCUCAGCGCCAUUGGGCCAAUCAACAACUUCACCAGGACCCUGCUGGACCAGCAGCAUCUGGUCUUCACCUAGACCCCCCAACAGAACCACCCCCCCACCCCCCACCCCCAAUUCAGCAUUUAGUCUUUAGUUCACUCACCCAGCUACUGACCAAUCAGGAGCUUCAUCAGGUACUUCUACCUACAGCACUUAGUCAAAACACCUGAUCCUGUGGACCAAUCACAUUUCAUUUAGUUCCAACCAGUCUCUACAUUCUCAUUGGCCCUUUAGCAGUUGUGUGAGGUCAGGUGACCUUGUUUGGAAAUGGUUCAUAUGUUAGACUGCAGCCAAAUUAAAUUCAACACGAUGAUGAGCAGGUGAGUCACUGAUCUGACUGAUGGAGGCGGGGCCAAAGUCUGAAUGGACAGUCUUGUGUUUCUUGAUUCUUUUUGUAGUUUUUUCAGAGCUGCACACCAAGUUCUAGUCAUGAGGAGAAACAUCAAGUCUGAUAUUAACUCUACAUGUUCCCUCCACUUCCUCAAAAACACUGGAUCCUACUACAUUUUCCAUAAUGCAGUGUAGUGGAGUCUUUCAUCAGUUUCUAGCACAGGCUUGCAGUUUAAAACCUGAUGGAGAAAUGUUCCUUUAUAAAGACACAUUUGUUUCCUGCUGAAUCAGCUGACAUGAACAUGAUGUCACACUGAGUCAGGAAGUGACAGUUAACACUCCAUAAGCAGCUGUGACACAAUCACACAGUUUGCUGGUUGUGUUACCUGCAGCAGCAACAACAAGGAUGUGAACUCAACCCACUCAUUCAUAUAAAGUGAUCUGAUCUUCAUCUGAGUCACAGCAGAGCUCCACGUCGUGAUGCUCCUCCACCUGCUUCACAAUCAGAUCUCAAUAUGACAAAGACGUGAAAAAAAUAACUAUAUAUUUUAACAGUUUUACAUUUUCUGUCAAAAAUAAAUCGGAAAUUAAUUAACAAUGAAAAUAAAUCCAACAUUCUAGUAACCAACGCAGGCUGUGUGUUCCCAAUGUUAAGCUAAAGGUUAGCAAACUUAGCUAACUGGGCUACUGACUUUUAAAUCAGAUGAAGAUGAAGAUAAUUUAAAGGUUCACUUCCUUUUUCUUGCUGCUACAUUCCUCCCAAUCACACCCACCAACUGAUCAGAUGCUGCGGUCCAGAUCACAUGUUCAUACUUGUGUUCCUGGUCCCAGACGUGGACAAUCAGUGAGAUGCUGUAAUUAAAUGAAGCAGUGGAGCAGGAGCUGAGUGAGUCUGUAGUGUAAUCUGUAGUCCUGGACCUGGACCUGGACUCACUGCUGUACUCUACUAGGCCCUGAAAGUUAUGUGUGAUUCUUAUUGUAUUAAUAAUAUUACGAUCUUUUCCCCUGUCUCAUGAUGACUGACUAAACUCUGCUGUCACCAUAGUAACGGUACGGGACAAACAGCUGAUAGUAGCACACACAGAGUUCAGCAUCAUCCAUGUUCACCUGUUGUCAUGACGAGCUCAAUGUGAUGUCAUCCGUCCUCUCCUCAUCACUCACUCUAUGAGGGAAGUCGUUUUUCACAGUGAAAGUCUACUGGUGCUUCCUGUGUUGGUAGGCUUUAAAUGUGAAAGGUCAGUAGGAAAUGUUUAUGUGGGUCAUGACGGGCGUUGUGUUGUCAUGGUUACUGUUCAUUACAGGAAGUGGUGAAUAGAAAAACAUGUAGCAUCCAGUGUACCUGUUCUGACUUCAGCCCAGAGGGUAUUCUGGGUAAUGAAGUUUAAAGCUGGUCCUUCUUUAAGUUUAAGUUAAGUUACUGUUGAUGAGACUUUUACUUGUGUCUUUAGUUGCCUUAUACUUUGUGCCACUCGUAGACUCUGUUGAUGGUCUGGACCUCUGUCCGGUCUUCAUGGUCCAGGCUCAGAUCCUCCUGCGGCCACUGAAGUAUUGUUCAUUCAUUCACUGAGUAUUAACACAGACCAGCAGUGAGGACUGAAGCUGACCCAGAGUCUGGUCCCAGUCCAGGUGAAUCCACCACAGACACAGUAACCAGGUUUUUUAGUGACGUGGACUCGACUUUAACCUUUCGACUUUAUAUCUUCUCUUAGCACAAAGUUGUUACUGUUGACCCUCAGUAUCAUCAUCAUGUGUCACAUUAACAUCUUCCUGAAGUGUGCGUAGAGUCAACUGAUACUUUCUGUCUCUCACUUCCUGUGAUUCCAGGCCCUUCAGUAUUUGUUAAAGCUUUAUGUUUGCUCUUCACUCACUUUCCAAAGCCUUAAGUUCAACAGCGUCUCCUCAUGUCACGCCACAGGUCUCCAGACUCAGCUCAUCCAAAGCUUUGUUUCCUGUGUCAAAGUGUGUAUAUAUAUAUAUAUAUAUAUAUAUAACUUCGUUACAGGAACAGUCACCUGUUUGACCUCUGACCCUAAUCAGCUGUUUCCUUCCUGUCUAUGUGAAGACUCCAAGAGGCCAAAUGCUUACUGAAUCCGUUGUCAUUUAUUUUGAAAAAUGGCCAAACAGUGCUAGGUGAAUCAUAGUGUAGUGAUGCUGUUCUGAUUCUUCUAAUAUGACAUGAGUGAAAAACACCAAAACACCUAAAAAAAAAUCCCCAAAAACCAAAAAAAAAAAAUCUGAUGUUUACCUGUCGUGACUCCCACUCAUGUCAAUGCCCUGCUCAUUGUGGUGUAUAUAUGGGUGUGUGUGUGUGUGUGUGAUUACUUGUGUGUACAUGCUAAUUCAUGUGGACCCAGCAUGUUUGAACUGUUGGGGUUUAAAUAUGUAGUUAAAAGAUUUAAAAUUAGGGCUCUGUGUGUGCGUGUGUGCGUGUGUCUGUGUGUGCGUGCGCGUGUGUGUGCGCGUGUGUUUGUUUGUGUGUGUGUGUGUGUGUGUGUGUGUGUGUUUGUGUGUGUUUGUGUGUUGUCAGGUGAAAACAUGGUAUCUCUUCAGGUUGUCAGUGUUCAUCAACCCAUUCAAAACCUCAUUUAAAAAAUAAAGAAAAUAAAAUGUGACCAGUUUUUCUUAACUCACCUUGAAGAUACAAGUUUUCAUUGGACAACAGCAACAUGUACAGUGUGUGUGUGUGUGUAUGCAUGCCCGUGCCUUAUCUGUUUCCCCUCAGUGGUCAUGUGAUUAGCCAUCAAAGUGCCAGUGUGCCCGUUCUGCCAUAGAUUAAAAGGAGGUGCGUUCAACAGAGCUCUGAUGUUUGUGUGUUCAGAAGGGUUUGGUAACAGGCUGAAGGUCAGUGUAGCUUGUUGAAUGCAGCUCAGCUGUAAUGGACAAUCACAGGCUUAAAGAACUGAACCUGAUGAAUAUGAAUCAUCACUAAAGUUGCAUUAACAUUAAAACUGUUCACAUUAAAUGAGGAUUGAAGUCAAAAGUGACGUUUUUAAGUUAAUAAAUCUUGCUCCUCCUCUACAGGUCACAUGACAAAAAUCCCAGAAUUUAAUCUCAAAGUCAGAAUCAAAAAAAAAA